AAGGGCAAAGUUGCUGAAAUUACCCCCACCUCCUUCCCCUCCAAAUUUGAAAGAGGAUUUCAUUUCUCUACUUACUUUAGGCUGUCAACUACAAGUCUUCAAGUCCACUGCAUGCCUAAAAGUCAACAAACAUACAUUUUCUUUUUUGGGUGGGUAGCAUACGUGCUAUUACUUCAGCAUAAAUUUGGUCUUUUGGACUUGAGGUUGCUUCAAAACUCAAUUUGCAUCAAUAGUUUCCCAUCAACUUUGGGAAACUAUUAUCUUUCUCUAUUUUCUUGCCCUGCUUUCUCUGCUUCUUUUUUGAUGGAAAGUAUGGACCGCCGCCGACGCCGACGCCGCAAACAAGCUAAAAUUAACAAUUCUGAGUCUGAAGAGGUCAGUAGUAUUGAAUGGGAGUUUAUAGACAUGAGUGAACAAGAGGAAGACCUCAUUUACAGAAUGUAUAGGCUUGUUGGAGAAAGGUGGGAUUUGAUAGCUGGAAGGAUUCCAGGCCGGAAAGCAGAAGAAAUAGAGAGGUUUUGGAUAAUGAAACACCGUGAAGGGUUUGCUGAGAAACGAAGGUUGCAUAGCAAAGCGAAGUCUAAGACUUAUCGUUAGGCAUUAACUUACAAUGUUUUUCAAAUAGGUUCUUGAUUAAUUUUGUUGAUUGUUUCCUUUUGUAUUAAUUAAUUUUGUUGAUUGUUUCCUUUUGUAUUUGUUUGUUGUUGUUUGGCUUCUAAAAUCUGUGCAGGGUUUUGUUUCGUUUCGUUUCUUUUGUCAGCAGAGACUUAAUUUAAACUUUUCUUCGGAAA